AUGCUUCUUUCACAUGGCGCAGAUGUAAAUGCCAAAAAUAACUAUGGAUCUACUGCUCUUCAUUUUGCGGUUUAUAGUAAUAGUUUAGAGAUAAUUGAAACUCUAAUUUCACAUGGUGCUAAAGUAAAUAUUCAAAAUGAUUAUGGACAAACUCCUUUUGGAUAUACCACUAAUGAAGAAAUUAGGAAAUAUCUCAAAUCACAUGGUGCGAAAGAAAAUUAA